CACCUGUGUUGUGUUGGCCACUUCGCCUUGCGCCAUUUCGAUUCCACCAAGCCCUAGUCCCCGCCACGCCACCGUCCGCCGGCGACGCCCCCACCGCCGGCCGGAGGCGCCAUCCCCAUCCAUGGCGUCCAGGAGAGCAGGGCGGGAGCGGGACCCAUGUGCGGAUGGGGUAUCCCGAUCCCCCUUCACGGAUGAGGACGUACGAGUGUACAGCGAUUCUCGUGGGUAUUUCUCCUCCGGGGGGCGCGAUGAUGAUGCCGGGCCAUUCCCAACCUCCGAUGAACUCUACCACCACUAUCGCCCCCGGACGACGCCCAGUGAUCCAGUCCCGCCGCCGCUUUCUUCACAGUGCUCUUAUCCUGAAUCUGCACAUGCACUGCAAGAACCAGAUGUUUUGUCCUUGGGAAAGCUUCUUGAUGCUACAACAUUGAAAGAAUCAAUCACUUGCAGUCCCUCUUCCUCCCCGCAGGCCGUAUCAAAAGACACCAUCAACUCUUCACCAUCAGUCCGUUGCCUUUCCUCCCCUGGGUCAAUCAUUUGGGUUCGGGAACCUCCUGAAGACCGCCUUGGGGUAUACCACAUUCGGAUGGAUCGUAGUGGGUCAUUCCACAUGUAUCCUGAUCUGGGUGGUCCAUUUCAGAGCUUGAAUGAAGCUCAAGAUGCUAUCAGCAGCCAUCUUAACAGGAUUUAUCCACCAGUAAAGUUCCAAGAGCGACCUGGGGAGUCAUAUGUGGACAGGAUGAUAAGGGAAAAGCUUUAUUGGCCUGAUGGCACUAGGAAGAAAUGUUCCAAAGCACAGGCAUUUGAGAAUGUCAAAAAUAUGAUGAAUCAACUAGCUAAGGUGAUAUUAGACAUGUAUAAUGAUGAUCAAAAUUUUUUGGAGGAUCUUUCCUAUGAGCUUAAAGAGGUCGUUAGCUUCGAACCAAUAUUUGAGAGUCAUAGGUGGUUUGAUCAUAUAAAUUUCACUGCAAACACUAAAGGAUCUAAAGGGCUAGAUCGUGACCAUCUAUUCUUUGCUGAAGCAAUGUCUCUAGAAGGACAAAAGGAUUAUGUGGUCACUUGCUGCUCUUUGAUAAGUUCUAAUGACAAUGGUAACUGCUAUACCUGCAAGUUUGGGAACAGAAGUAUGAAGCACCCAAAUGAUGUCAAUUCAUAUGUUGGCGGCCACUGUUAUAUCACUGGGAUAUAUGACACUGAAGUGUCGAGUGACUCUGAAGAGGAUGAGGAUGCAGAGGAACAGAGGUUAAGAAAAAUGUAUCAGGAUCUUGAUGAUCCAGGUGUAUGGGAAGAGCUCUUUGAUUGAGAUCAUGACGAGGAUGCAGAGGAGCAAAGGCUAAGAAAAAUGUAUCAGGAUCUUGAUGACCCAGGUGUGUGGGAAGAGCUUUUUGGUUGAGGUCAUGUCAGUUGCAACAUGGAGGGUGCAAUAUAACUAGACUGUUUUAUAAUUAACAUAAUGUUAUACAAUGUUACUAUUUUUUAUCUGGAUUGUUGCCAGGAACCAGGGACCAAAUGCACCUGGAACCUUAACUUGACUUUUGGCUUAGAGGCUACCUACUUGGGAUCCUACAGGAAGAAAUUGCAUGAAAAAUAACAGAAUUAGGGGAAUUUAAA